AUGGAGAAGCACACUUCGGCGACAGAGCAUCAUAUCGAGGCGACUACCUCUGCGGUGGAAGCCGAGAAGGGCGAUCUCAGCAAUCGCCAUGUGAAGCAAGUAAAUGUCCAGUCGGUUGCGCUCGCUGAUGCCAUCGCCAAAGAUAAGCCCGACUACAAGUCGGCGACGCAGAUGACUUUGUAUGCCAUGAUGGCACUUUGCGUUCUCAACGGAGUCAUGAAUGGCUACGAUGGCUCAGUCAUGAGCGCUAUCAACGCCAUGGACCCCUUCCAAGAUCGCUUCAAGAUUGGCUUGACUGGCGAGCUGAACGGUGCAGUGUUCUCCAUAUACACCGUUGGAAACAUUGUGGGUAGUCUUGCGUGCGGUUACAUCAUGGACCGAUGGGGACGUCGAGCCUGCAUGUUCUCCGGGGCCACAUCCAUUAUCCUCGGUUCCGUCCUUCAGGCAAGCAGCUAUCAGCUCCCCCAAUUUUUCGUCGGCCGCUUUAUUGUUGGUAUUGGAACUCCAAUGUGCGCAACUUCUGCGCCCGUCUUCCUCGUCGAGAUUGCCUACCCAACUUGGCGCGGUCUCGCUGGUGGCUUGUACAAUGUUCUUGGCUGGUACAUCGGCGCGAAUAUUGCGGCAUGGACAUGCUACGGUACAAACUUCAUUCCCAACGAUUGGUCGUGGCGCAUUCCAUACAUCGUACAGCUUACUCCAGCCACUAUUGUUGUGUCCCUGGCCUGGUUCCUCCCCGAGAGCCCUCGAUGGCUCUGGUCUCAAGGAAAGACUGAAAGAGCAAAGUCAAUCUUGACCAAAUAUCACGGCAACAAGAACCCAAACUCGGCUCUCGUCAAGCUCGAAAUCGACGAGAUUCAAGAGUCUCUCGAGCGUGAACAGGAGAUGAACAAUCAUAAUUGGAAUUACAAGAUUCUCGUCAACAAUCAUCCAAACCGAUACCGCAUGUGGCUUGUGAUGCUUGUUGCGGUCUUUGCCCAAUUCAUCGGCGGGGCAGUCAUCUCGUACUACCUCCCCGCCAUGGUAAGAGGCAUCGGGAUUACGGACUCUCGCCGCCAACUGCUUCUCAACGGACUUAACACAGUCACAUCUUUCGUCGGUGGUCUCUGCGGGUCCUUCUUUGUUGACAAAGUUGGUCGUCGUCCCCUCUUCUUAUGGGGCACGUUCCUUACCGGCUUGGUCUACAUCCCUAUCAAUGUGCUCGCGGCCAGAGCCGAGAACAGCGAAGAAGGCUCCCUCCCCACGUCGCAAGCAUAUUCUUUCAUUGCAAUGAUCUUUCUUUACGGCAUUUUCUGGUCAUUUUGCUGGACGCCUCUGCAAGCCUUGUACCCAUCCGAGAUCCUCAAUAAUGAGAUCCGCGCGAAGGGUAUGGGUGUCAAGGGAUUCAUCUCGGGAGUUGCCAGUUUCAUCAACACAUACGGAACUUCCGUAUCUCUGAAGCAUAUCGGCUGGAAGACCUAUACUAUCUUUCUUGUACUCCACUUCGUCCAUCUAGUACUGAUGUACAUGGCAUGCGUGGAGACGAAGGAGCGUACUCUCGAAGAGAUUGAGGAGAUCUUCAACGACCCUAAGCCGGUGAAACGAAGUCUGCAAAAGACCAGGGUUCUCGUCGACAGUGGGGGUGUAAAGGUCAAGGAUGAUGUUUGA